CAUUUUCGUUUCACCUCGUGCGGAAGUGUGCCAUUUCUACUCGUUCAUUCACUGCUUUACAUCGCUGUAAAUAAGCUGUUUCUUUCAGUAUAUUCAGCUGGGAGCCGGAUGUUAAUCGAUCAAGCAAGCAACCGGCUGAUUGACUAAGAGCUUGGUAUCUGAAUUUUAUCACCAAGAUAUCAAUCUGAGUGGUACGCGCCAAUUUUACCAUGGAAUGGUCUUGGGAAACCUUCUUGUUGCCUUUGCGUAAUGGUGAUCUGACGUGUCAUCCUUCUCCCAGAAGUGUGACAUUUACACCCCAGUUCUUAUCGUCUCAUUCGCUCGUACGGAGAUUCUCGAGAGAUCUGCAAAGACAAGAUUUGCAGAAGACGGAAGAGAAAAGGAUUGCCGUUGCUUCUGCCGAAGCUACCCUUAGGAGUUUGUUUCAGUUUGGUCGAGUAGAUCUUAAAGAACUGGGAAGAGAAUGGAAAACUUAUCAAAGAGCCUUGAAUAGCAAGUCUGACCGUGACAGUUCAGGUUCGGCUUGGACGAUUGAAAUCCUGCAAAAAUACAUUCAACGUAGCGACAUUGUCUGUUUUCAACCUUGCCCAUCGCUCUUUGCAGUGCAAGAAGCGCAAUACAUCAGGGAUAAAGUUGCACUGUCACUGGCAGCCCUUUGUGGCAAUCAGGGUAACGGAAUCGACGAAAACCUUCUACUGUUUCAUGGUAUGCGCGAUAGCACGGAAGGCGACUCAAGAAUGAUUCUCGAGGCAAUCUUACAGCCACUUUGUGCCGCUAAGGGACUUGCACUUCGAUGUGAGCAAAGCCUAACUUGCAAUGAUCUUCCCGAUAACAGAUUUGAUUACAUCAUGUACUACAAUAACCAACCGCUUGGUUUUGUCGAAGCCAAAAGACAACAUUGCAUUAAAGAUCAGUCCGUGGUGCAGCUAAUCGUUCAACUCCUGCUUCUUUCUGCGGAGGACUCGCAUGGUUUCCGAUUUGGUGUUUUGUCUGACGCACGCCGUUUUAUUUUGGCUGGGGUUUCGCAAAACAAAGUGGUUUUCUUUCAAAAAGACAUUCAUCCAAUCAGAAUAAGAUAUAUGGAAUCUGAAGCAGAUCUGCUUUCCAUAGCAAAUGAGAUAGCAUGGUUGAUUGACCUCGCAGUUUACUCGAGGCAAACAAACCGUUCAAUCGAAGAAUGUCUCAGUCAAGUUAACGAUGUUUGCUAUGAAGUUCAAGGUGAAUUCUUUUUUCCAUUUUGUUCCAUACUGUAGCCGUAGGAACAAUGAGAUUAACGGUGAUAAACAGAUUGCGAGUGAAACAUUUAGGAGUCAGUGGCGGAGGAUCAGGUUGAAAGGUCUGACGAAGUAUACUAUGAUAAUGACGGAAGCUUACCAGGGAGGUAUAAAACAUUAGCGAGGCCUUCAAAACCUCCCCGUUGUGAUAGAAAAGCUGUGCUUUUAUUUUAUUUUAUGCCAUAUUACUUAUUGGCGCUAAUGCAAUGUAAUACCGAUAACACAGAAAGAUGUGACUUUCUACACAUUGACGAAGCUUUAAAACUUAGACAUCGCAGACCUUUUCUUUUGAGCCAUUCACUCGGUAAAGUGAACUCUUUACCUUUAAACACUUCCACAUAAAGAUUAAAUACUUGUAUUCUGUCGGAAAGGCUGGACAUUUCCGGUUCAAAUUUCCCCCCCCCCCCCGGCUAAGCCUGUAGGUUACCCGGGCAGGGAAUGUUGAGGCUUCGAAUUGAUCGGCCCAUAAACCGAUAGAAAGUGCGUUGCCCUGCUUAAUGAGAACCAUAUCUGUAAACAAUUUUUUCCAUUUUCAUCAAAAUAACAGCUCCAAAUCACUGUAAUUGCAUCGAUCGAAUCCUUUUUUAGUUCAUAAAAUUCUAAGCCAAGCGUGCAUGUUGUAUUUUCAACAAAUACUCUUUGUCUUUUCCAGAAUACGAAGAACCUAUGACAUCAGCUAAGUGCACUUCCGUGUUGAAGUACGAAGUAUUUUUAAUAGUGCAUAUUGAAAUUACGGUGGCAUUAAAAUGCUGCAAUUGUUUAUGUUCAUGUUAUUAUUUCCAGUAUCUCCAGUGAGGAAUGUAUCACACUAUAAGUAACCAUUUUUCG